AUGGAUUUCUACGAGGCGCACCCCUCCGGAAAGGUGGAUUUCGGCAGUAAAAGACCCGUGUUGGUUCUUCAGAAUGACUCGCUCUACUCCCAGAGACGCCCUUACACCAGUGAAGAUGAGGCCUGGAAAUCCUUCCUUGAAAACCCCCUCACGGCAGCCACCAAAGCUAUGAUGAGCAUCAAUGGAGAUGAGGACAGCGCAGCCGCCCUGGGACUGCUGUAUGAUUAUUACAAGGUUCCAAGGGAGAGGAGAUCUUCAACAGCUAAACCAGAGGUGGAACAUCCCGACCAAGACCAUAGCAAAAGGAACAGCAUCCCAAAUGUGACGGAGCAAUCACUUAUUUCCACCGGAGAAAACAGAGUCCAAGUUCUGAAAAAUGUACCUUUCAAUAUUGUCCUUCCACAUACGCCCCAGAUGGGCAUGGACAAGAGAGGCCACCUCACAACCCCCGACACGACGGUCACUGUUUCGAUUGCAACGAUGCCCACCCAUUCCAUCAAAACGGAGACGCAGCCCCACAGCUUUGCAGUGGGUAUCCCUCCGAGCGUCUACCACCCCGAGCCCCCCGAGCGGGUGGUGGUGUUUGACAGGAACCUCACUCCUGACCAGUUCAAUUCCAACACCCAGCCACAGAACUCCCAGAGACGAACACCGGACUCUACCUUUUCAGAGACCUUCAAGGAAGGCGUGCAAGAGGUUUUCUUUCCUGCUGAAUUGAAUCUCCGGAUGGCCAACAUGAACUCAGAAGAUUAUGUUUUUGACAGUAUUUCUGGGAAUAACUUUGAAUAUACUCUGGAAGCCUCCAAGUCCCUCCGACAGAAGCCUGGGGACAGCACGAUGACUUACCUAAAUAAGGGUCAGUUUUACCCAAUCACCCUGAAAGAAAUCAGCAGCAGUGAAGGAAUCCAUCACCCCAUCAGUAAAGUCCGUAGUGUCAUCAUGGUAGUGUUUGCUGAAGACAAAACAAGAGAAGAUCAGCUCCGGCACUGGAAAUACUGGCACUCAAGACAACACACAGCUAAACAAAGAUGCAUUGACAUAGCUGAUUACAAGGAGAGCUUCAACACCAUCAGUAACAUUGAAGAGAUCGCAUACAAUGCCAUAUCCUUCACAUGGGACAUCAACGAGGAAGCAAAGGUUUUCAUCUCUGUGAACUGCCUCAGCACAGACUUUUCCUCUCAGAAAGGAGUUAAAGGCCUGCCCCUGAAUCUUCAGAUCGACACCUACAGCUACAACAACAGGAGUAAUAAACCUGUGCACCGUGCCUACUGCCAGAUUAAAGUCUUCUGUGACAAGGGAGCAGAAAGGAAGAUCAGGGAUGAAGAACGAAAGCAGAGCAAAAGAAAAGGCAAGUGCACUGACCCCAGCUCUCAGUUGAAUGCCUUUUCCGAUGUCAAAGUGCCAAUGCUUCCCUCACACAAGCGGACAGACAUCACUAUCUUCAAGCCCUUUAUGGAUUUAGACACUCAGCCAGUCCUCUUCAUUCCCGAUGUCCACUUUGCAAAUCUGCAGCGUGGUGCUCACGUCCUUCCUGUUGCUUCUGAAGAGCUGGAAGGUGAAAGCUCCAACCUGAAGAGAGGAGGUUACAUUGGCGAAGAGGACUUCAUUGCUACUCCAAACAAAAUGGCUAGAAUGGAAGAACCAAAAAGAGUGUUGCUUUAUGUCCGAAAAGAAUCAGAGGAAGUCUUUGAUGCACUUAUGUUAAAGACACCAUCUCUGAAAGGCCUGAUGGAAGCUAUAUCUGACAAGUACGAUGUUCCAUUUGAUAAAAUAGGAAAAAUCUUCAAGAAAUGUAAAAAAGGAAUCCUGGUCAACAUGGACGAUAACAUUGUGAAACACUAUUCCAAUGAAGAUACCUUCCAGUUGCAGAUCGAAGAAGUCGGAGGAUCUUACAAGCUGACUCUCACUGAGAUCUAAGAUCACGGAUCCUCUGUGGAUGUGAAGCACGGAUCUCGAGUGAUCAUCUUCCCAUAAUGUUGUGUGUUGGGUAAAACACCGCUCGCCUUCUCCAGGAGCAAGUCAGGGGUUGACUUGUGCUGGGGAUCAGAGAGGUGUUUCUGCUCGAUACCUUUGUGUCUCUGUUCUUUCUAGAGAACGUUGUAAUGCUCAUGACCUUAUUUGCACUUGAAACCCGUGAGCAAAGAACAGCAAUUAAAUAGAGCGUGUAUAAAAGACUAGUAGAUAAGGGAGGGGAAACCCUUGGAAGGUGGCCUUUUAGAGCGGUGAUGUCUUAUUUAUCUAUUCAGCACCCACGAUUUGAGCCCGUUAUCAGCUGAGAGCGUAUUACUGGACUGUUUUUUGUUAGGUAGAGCUGCCAAACUACUGACUGAAACUGGUAGGAACUGCGUGCAGGUAGGAGAAAAGUCAUCAUGAUGUUUACUCUUUGUCAGGGCAGGCUGUCGGAAUCACGUGUGUCAAUGGGGGGGAACGUAAUACUGCCUUGCUUAUGAAGAACUCGCCUUAGUAACUGUGUGAACUCUCAUCAGAUGAAGCUAUGUUGUAUAUAAGUGCAAUAUAUUUUUGAAGGUUUGUAAAUGUGUACAUAACAAGUGAUAUAUAAUAUAUAUAAAAUACGGUGUUUGUGUAUAUAUACCAUGAAUAUAUGCAAAGAAGCCCAUCUAAAAGGAUGCCAUAGACAGAGAAAACAGAUAUUUAACGUAGCUAUUUAAGAAAAAGGACGAAGCCUUAACAUGCACCAAAGGUGAGCACACAUGGGUACGUUCGUAGAACGCACACAGACCUUGUUCAACAUGCAUUUUCCUGUGUGGAGGGAAGGGGAGCAGCUCUCCCCGACCCCUCUGGACAGCAGGGUGCUGCAGACAUGCAUCAUGUGGCACUGAGCUGGUGGGAGAAGCAAUGAGGGCAGCUGGUAGCAGCACUCGGCCUGGGCCUGGCUGCCAGAAACCUCCACAAACAGCCACGGCAGCAGGUUCUAUAGUGCUUACACAUCGUGCCUUUGAGCUUAGGAAGAAGGAAAGGUGCCCUCUGGUUAGCAGCACACAGUAAUGGCUGCACUGCAGGGUGGGAUGUGAGCAGGUAGGAAGCACUGGGACUGUGGGAUUUAUGCUCUGGCCAUCCCCAGGCUGGCACACAGAGCAUCUUAUCCCUCCUCCCCUCUCUCAGCACCACUAACAGCCUGCUGGGCCUGCAGUGCCAUCAGGCCUCCCUUGUGAGAUACGGGCACCGCCACAAGGGACGUUUAUAAAGCUGAUAGAUGGAAUACGUGUAUCUCGUCACAUCUGUAUUGAAAAUGGAAGUUGUAUUACAGAAACUCAGUCUGGGCUGCGGGAAGUAGUUUAGGGUCUCCAUAGGGGUAGGGUUGACUCAAGCAUUAUUUCUUUUUUACUGUAAUGAAGUACGUGAACUUAAACCUGCUGAUUGUUUCCCUCUGAGGCUCUAUGGGACGCGGGUCUUCUCACUGUAGCAGCAACCUCGUGGUACGUGUUACGGAACCGAUUUGUUUGGUUUUUGCCUGCUGUUUUUUAAUUGAAAAAGGAUUUUAAAGCAAGCCAUUAAAUUUUAUAUGUUCAUUUCUAA